AUGAGGAGUUCAAAAGGGGGAAGAGGGCGCCAAGCAGCACCAAAAGAAGCCCAGACAAGUGUCUGUUACUGUGACGGAACUCGAGAGCUCGGUUCUGUAGAAGUUUUCUGCUCACAAUGCUUGAAGUGGUUCCACGGACGAUGUUUGAAAGAAUAUAACGAACUUAAACAAAGUGGAGUUCCGUUCAUGAUCUGCUACAGCUUCACCUGCAAACAAUGCCGUCCGUUGGCUGAGGAAUGGAAAGCCAAAAAAGCGGAUUUGGUUCACAUGUGUGUUACAGUUUUUGCGACGUUAUCCGCCGAGCAAUUGAAAGAAAACGGAAAACUAUCCGCUGAUGCCGUUCCUCAAGAUCACACUUAUUUAAGCUUACAAGAUACGGUUAUCCCUUAUAUGGACAAAAACUGGUACAUGCUCACUUCGCUGAAGCAGCGGAAGGAUUGGCAAGCCACGCUAGGACCCACGCUGCUUAAAGAGAAGAACAUGUUUGUGCAACACGAUGACGAUGAUGAUCUUUUUGCUUUAGCUGAGAAGAACCUAGCACUUCUAGGCCCAAUGCACGAAGCAGUAAAACAGAUGGGAAAGCGUCAAGCACCAGAGCGAGAGAAUCGGGAGCCUCGAGAACUGCCACCAAUCGAAGGUCCGAAAACUCGUGGCGCUUCUAAACGACGACAUGCGGAAACGCCGGUUCCUGGAAAGAAACAGAAAAUAGCUGCCGAAUACACAUCGACUGCGACGCCCGACGGUGCUCAAGUCGAUAUUCCAUACUGUAAAGAUGGCUAUCGUUAUUUUCUGACUGAAAAGGACCCAAAUGUACCAGAUGAUCCGAAUUGGAAUCCGAACAAUCCAACUGCCUACGUCAUUCCCAGCUAUUCACACCGCGUUCUUAACAGCGAAACUAUGCAUUUGUCAGCUAACGAUAGAGCGUAUCAGCUUUCUAUCGUUGGUAAUACCAUCACAGGUUUCGAGGGCUAUGCAAUGGCUCGCGCUAGUCAUGGAGUUUCGAAAGGAACGUGGUAUUUUGAAGUGAAUUUCGAUGAACAGCCAGAAGAUUCUCAUAUUCGGAUUGGAUGGAGUCAGUUUCUAGCUCCAAUACAAGCUUGUGUGGGUUAUAACAAGUUUUCUUAUGGCUGGAGAUCGAAACAUGGUACGAAAUUCCAUGAUGCCAAGGGCAAAAAGUAUUAUACAGGCGGAUUUAAGCGAGGCGACACUCUGGGUUGUCUAAUCCAUUUCCCGAUCGACAAAAAGACAUUGCUUCCACCGAAUCAGCCAUCGGAAACCUACCUUCCACCGUCCUAUAAAAAUGGAACAUUAAUAAAUUUCAAGUCCAAUAUAUUCUUGGAAAUCCAUGAAGACGCAGCCAAAUUACCAAAGACCUACAAGAAGUGUCUGAUCGAAUUCUUCCAUAACGGAAAAUCGUGUGGAAAAGCGUACGAAAAUAUCUACAGAGGCAACUAUUUUCCAUCGGUGUCCAUUUUUAAGAAUGCUACGAUCACACUGAAUCUCGGACCAAAGUACAAACAUCUGCCGCCGGGAGCCUCGUCUAUUCACUUGAGAGCCCAGGAAAUUCAAUGCGAACAGGCGUUGUCGGACAUGCUAUAUUUGGUAUCAAACGAUGAAGUAGUUCUGAAUUACCCUGCUGUCAAGAAAGAAAUCAAGGAAGAGGACAUGGAGUAA